AUGCCGGGCGCGGUCGCGAAGCAGAACCAGACUAAGAAUCAGCGGCGAAGGGCUAAGGAGAAGGCGAAAAAGCUCGAGGCACGCUCAAGUACGCCCAUGAACAGCGAACUGCUUACUGACGGUGUUCAGGCAUCCCAGACGCCCGCCCCAGAAACACCGGCCACCGAAACCGCAGAACCACCUACCCCAAACGGGGCGCCCGAGAUAACAGCACAAGCACCCUCUGAGUCUGAAACGGACAAUGAGGUCGCCGCGCCUGUUAGCGAACCGGCAUGGGAACUAGAUGUGACUCCAGACAACCCGCUGUAUGAGCAGUUCAAGGAUGUAAUUGCGAAGUUCCAGCAGCCUGACAAGGAAGAUCCAGCGUCCAAAGAGCCCGAGAAGCCCGAAAUCUAUUACGACGAUGAAAACGAAGACAUCCCAGAUGAAGAUGAGGAAGCACAGCCCAAACUAUCGAAGAAGGCUAGGAAGGCACAGAGCAAGCUCUCGAUAGCGGAACUGAAAGCGCUGGUCCAGCGGCCUGACUUGGUAGACUGGACGGACACCUCAGCGCCAGAUCCACGCCUCCUCGUGUCAAUCAAGUCAUAUCGCAACGUUGUCCCUGUCCCUGCACACUGGUCGCUCAAGCGCGAGUACCUCUCCUCAAAGCGCGGUGUCGAAAAGGCACCAUUCGCCCUACCCAAAUUCAUUCAGGAAACCGGCAUUGCCGAGAUGCGCGACGCAGUCCUCGAGAAGCAAGACCAGGCUUCCCUCAAGCAGAAACAGCGCGAACGAGUGCAACCCAAGAUGGGCAAACUCGACAUCGACUACCAAAAGCUUUACGAAGCCUUCUUCCGCUUCCAGACCAAGCCCGAGCUCACGCGCUACGGUGAAGUCUACUACGAGGGCAAAGAAUACGAAACCAACCUCCGCCACCUCCGUCCCGGUGAGCUGAGCGAGGAGCUUAAAGAAGCGCUCAACAUUCCGCCCGGUGCACCGCCGCCAUGGCUCAUCAACCAGCAACGUUUCGGUCCUCCGCCCUCAUAUCCAUCCCUCAAGAUUCCUGGUCUUAACGCUCCACCGCCGCCUGGCGGCCAGUGGGGCUUCCAUCCCGGCGGCUACGGCAAGCCGCCAGUAGAUGAACUCAACCGACCUCUCUAUGGUGGCGAUGUCUUCGGUACCGGCAGUCUGCAGCAGCAGCCGCACCAAACAGGCGAGCCUGUGGAGAAGACGCUGUGGGGCGAGCUACAGCCGCCAGAAGAGGAGUCCGAGGAAGAAGAAGAGGAGGAGGAUGAAGAGGAAGAAGGUGGGGACGAAGAGGAUGCUGCAGCUGGUCUACAGACGCCUUCUGGCUUGGAGACGCCGAGCGGCAUGGCUUCGACUGUUCCAUCGGAGUUCGGAGGUGCCGAGAGUGUCGCUGGCGAGUUCACGCUCAGGAAACAGCGGAGGGGCACCGAGACGGAAGAGAGCACGCAUCCAAGGUCUGCAUAUCAAGUUCUACCGGAGCACAGUAUCAGGGCACAGGGCUUUUUCGGCGGCGAGCGUGCGUAUGAUCUUAAGGCUGCGCAGCAGAACUUGCCAGUGCUUGGGCAAGACGACAACAGGAGGAAACGCAAGGCUGGUGACGUGGAUGUUUCUGUGGACGUGGAUGCGCUCGAAAGAGAAGACAGGCUGAGCAAAGAUGAGGUCAGGAGGCAGUUCGAGUCGAGCAGGCAGGAGCAGAAGAACCCGUGGGGCACGAGUGUUGAUCAAGAUGACCUUAGUCAGAUGAUUGCUGAUGAGAGCCGCAAGAGGCUGAAGAAGGAUGAAGAGCGUAGGGGCAGGAGAUAG